AUGGCGGGGACCAAACGUAAAGUCGACGCGUCUCGCAGCUCGAGCUCGCAAAACACCGCUGCAUCCGAAAACUCAAACCAAGGCUACGCUCGUGUCACAGCGCGCCGUGGCACUCGCAUUCGCAUCACUACAUCUAGAGCCAAUCCUACUUUACCUGAAGAGAGCAAUUCUCAAGAAGCUCCUAGGGCUGCUUCAAAAUCUGAACCUACUGUAGAAGAACAUGCAGGUGCAUCACAAGAGCCUCGUUCAAAACGCCAAAAGGUUGUUCCAACUACUGAAACACCAAAACCCACAAGAUCUUCAGCCAGAAUCAAGACUCGUGCAAAUUCAGUUUCCUCCGUUGAAUCACACCCUCAUUUAUCCAGCCAGCCUUCUACUGAAGAGGCAUCAUCGUCUGGUAAUUUUCCGAGAAAUAAAUCCAAGACUGUCACACGGAAGAAUUCAAGCAGAUAUACUGCUGUAGCUGAACAACCGUCUGUUGAUUCUGUCGAUUCUAAGAGAUCGAGUGAACACGAUGAUUUAAUCCUUGACAAGAACUUUUCUUUCUCAUCAAUAAAUGCUCCUGAUCAAAAGUUAACUGAGACAACUUCAGAAACAUCACCGUCUAAAUUUCUUCGUGGGCGCAGAAGCCAGGUUGAAGAUACAGACCAAGGUGGUGUGACAGAGGUCCCCGGAUCUUCAUUUGACUUGAAGGAGCCAAAGCAUGAAGAUGACGAAACAGUGAGGAAGCUUUCAAAUGACGGCUUGGCCUAUACCAUCGAAGAUAGUGAAGAUUCACAGAAUCUCCAAGCUAACUCUUCGGCCAAACCCCUCCCAGCGGAGUCAUCAACAGUCUCUCAAAAUAAUGAAGAUGUUGAUAACGCGGCAUUAAACCAGGAUGAGACUAAGUUUACCUCAAACAGUAGAGGUAGAGGCUCUCGUGGUCGAAACAGUGGUCGCGCUCGUGGUAACCGUGGGAGAGGCCGCGGUGCAGCUCGAGGCGGAGCACCGGUCCGUGGGUCUAAUCGCGGAAGAGGACGAGGUGGUCGUGGAGGGGGAAAAGGUGGAAGACGAGGUGAAGAUGAUUCGGAUUUCGAAUUUGAGCGUUCUCCCUCACCCGGCCCGGGGAGUCAAAAACUUCUCGACCGCCAGAAGGAGUUAAAGCAAAGUUGGAAGCGGCUUGCAGCAACACAACGUCUUGUUCUCAAUGUUCUGGCAGGGCGCACCCAAAAUCGCUUGGCAAGAGACAAACAUGUCUUUCGUAAAGCACCUGAAUAUGAAGAGGUACAGGCGGAACUUGAUCUCGCUUUAGAACAGAGGUUGGAGAUCUUAUUGAAUGAAUACAAUCUUCGCAUUGGCGAGGCGAAUACACUGCUUGAGGCUGAGAAGACCAUCAUCCAAGAGCGAUAUCAAGCAAAUGCUUCGCAUAUAAAAGAGGAACUUUUCUAUGCUGCUCAAGGUGAUUACAUGAACUUGGUAGAAGGGGUUAAAUAUGCAGAAGACGACGAGCAUACAGAGCCUGACCUCGACCGGCCCGAACCAACAGAAGUGGCGGAUGGUGAUCAGAAAUCAAGCGACACCAACUAUAAGCCUGUAUUCCUAUACCGUGAUGAGCCCCGAUUCAAGCGAGGGUACAAUUCCAAAUAUAUGCGAGAACCGUCGGGUGCCGCUGCCUCUGACCUAGGAAAGAGUGGUUGGGAUGACUUCAUCCAACGAGUCAAAAUGCAAGAAAUCAGCCAAGAGUCGAUACCUACUGGCCCUGAUCCAAUUCAGGCUUUACUGCAAGCUGUGGAUGCCGUCACUGAGGCUAAGUCCGGUGCUCAAGAGGGAUUCCCCGAAGCUUUAUUCGCUUUGGCAGAUGCUGCAAGCAGUGUACAACCGAUUUCAGUUCCGGCUGUUGUUAACCAGCCACAGCCCAGUCAGACGACGGCAGAACUACCUUCAUUCCUCUUUCCUCGAACACAGACGCGGCCAUUUUUUCCUACCUCCCACACUCUUCCCGACCCUUUCACAAGCGGAGGAGGCCCUCCCCAGUUACCUCCGCCUCCAGGUGUGCAAUUUACUCGCCCUGGGGCCUUUCCUGGGUUCCUGCCAGGCCACCAAUCACCUCAUCAACCACCGCCUCAAUAUCAACAUGCACCACCUCCGUAUUACUUUCCGCCUCCGCCUGCCCCGCCUCCUUCAUCAAAUUCACAGCGUAAUCAACGAUACUAA